CAAAUGCAGUGUGUAAACUAGGAGGGUCAAACUGUGUCAGGGGAGGAGUCACAUCAGCUUGAGUGUUUUUAGCAGAGGAUUUAUUAGAUCAGACCCUGAACCACUGAAGAAAAUGUUUCACAAGUUUGUUUUGUUCUGUUUGUGCUGCUGGAGUCUGACUGGUGUGUUUGGUGCAGAAACAAAUGAAAUCCAGUCAGUGUCAGUGAUGGAGGGAGAUUCUGUCACUUUAAAAACUAACGUCACUGAAUUACAUGAAGAUGAUGAAAUAGCAUGGAAAUAUGGAGCUGAGAAGUCUCUCAUAGUUAAAAUCAGUGAUAAGAAACAAAUCUCUUUCACAUAUGAUGGUCCUAAUGGUAGAUUCAGAGACAGAGUGAAGCUGGACAAUCAAACUUUAUCUCUGACCAUCACGAACAUCACAACUGAACACGCUGGAGUCUAUGAACAACAGAUAAGGGGAGCGAGACUGUCAUCAAAAACAUUCAAUGUUUCUGUCUAUCCUCGUCUGCCUGUUCCUAAAAUUGGCAGAGACUGUUCUUCGUCAUCAUCAGGAUCAUCAUCGUCAUCAACAUCUUCAUCACAGCAGAAUUGUUCACUGGUGUGUUCAGUGGUGAAUGUGGGUCAUGUGACUCUCUCCUGGUACAAAGGAAACAGUUUAUUGUCCAGCAUCAGUGUGUCUGAUCUCAGCAUCAGUCUCUCUCUACCUCUGGAGGUGGAAUAUCAGGAGAAAAACAGCUACAGCUGUGUGAUCAACAAUCCCAUCAGAAACCAGACCACAAAUCUGAACAUCACUCAACUCUGUCACACAUCUUCAGCAUCGGAUGUAAACUUUACUUUACAACCAGUCUUUCUGAUGGUGCUGAUUUCUGCUCCUGCUGGAUCUCUGUUGAUUGUAGCUGCAGUUGGGAUCUUUUGCAUCUGCAGGAAACACAGAAAAACUGAUCAAGAAGGCAAGAGUUUCCUAAAUGACAAAGAUGUUUUGUUUAAAAGUAAAUUUGUUAAUGCUGUCAAAAAUAAUCUGGCAUUAAAACUUCAGUUGCAUACAUUAAUGCUUUUUGUACAGAAACAAAUCUAG